AUGGCUCACAGGUUAGGUGGACGUAGAAAGAACGUUAAAAAAGGUUUCCAAUUUACUCUUAUGGUAGUUGGCGCGUCUGGAAUCGGUCGCUCUACCUUUGUAAACACACUGUGUGGUAGUGAAGUUUUAACCAAAAAACUCUGCGAUUCUCCCGAAACUGCGCAUGUGGAAGAAGGUAUUCGUAUCAAACCCGUCACAGUUGAAUUGGAAGAAGAUGGUGUCAGAAUUGCCUUAACAAUUGUAGAUACUCCUGGGUUUGGUGACAAUAUUGACAACGAAUUUUGUUUUCAAGAAAUUAUGGGAUAUCUAGAAAGACAGUAUGAUGACAUCCUUGCUGAAGAAUCGCGAAUCAAACGUAAUCCACGAUUUAGAGAUAAUCGCGUACACGCUCUUCUUUACUUUAUUACUCCAACAGGUCAUUCUCUCCGUGAAAUCGAUAUUGAAUUAAUGAAACGAUUGAGUCCACGUGUCAAUGUGAUUCCUGUUAUUGGCAAAGCAGAUACUUGUACACCAACCGAAUUAGCUGAAUUUAAAAAGAGAAUUAUGGAAGAUAUCAAUCACUAUAAUAUUCCAAUUUACAACUUCCCAUUCGAUAUAGAGGAAGAUGAUGAGGAAACUGUUGAAGAAAAUGGAGAACUAAGGGCCCUUUUACCCUUUGCCAUUAUUGGUAGUGAAGAAGAAAUUCAAGUAAAUGGAAGGUCCGUUCGCGGGCGCCAAUACCCAUGGGGUGUUGUUGAAGUUGAUAAUCCACAACACUCAGACUUUGCUAGAUUACGAUCGGCCUUGUUAAGCUCUCAUUUACAAGAUCUGAAAGAAAUAACUCAUGAUUUCUUGUAUGAAAAUUAUCGUACAGAUAAACUUAGUCGAAGUGCUGAUUCCCCUGUCGAGGAAACCUCGAAUAAUAUUUUACCGGAAGAACUUACUUCUCAAAGUGUUAGAUUGAAGGAAGAACAAUUAAAACGCGAAGAAGAGAAAUUAAGAGAAAUUGAAUUGAAGGUUCAACGUGAAAUCACCGAAAAAAGACAAGAAUUGCUGGCUAAAGAAGAGGCCCUUAGAAAAUAUUUGAAUUAG